AACAGUGCCUGAAGCAGGUCCACCAUGCCGUUAGUAACGAGGAACAUUGAGCCAAGGCACCUGUGCCGUCAGACGUUGCCUAGCGUUCGGAGCGAGCUGGAAUGCAUGACCAACAUCACCCUGGCAAAUGUCAUUCGACAGCUGGGCAGCCUGAGUAAAUUUGCUGAAGACAUAUUUGGAGAGUUAUUUACUGAAGCCAACACCUUUGCCUCUCGGGUGAGCAUUCUAGCCGAGAGGGUUGACCGCUUGCAAGUCAAAGUCACUCAGCUGGAUCCCAAAGAGGAGGAAGUCUCCCUGCAAGGCAUUAACACCAGGAAGGCCUUCAAAAGCUCCACUACUCAGGACCAGAAGCUCUUCAACAGGGAUUCUCUCCCCGUGCCUGUCCUUGAAACCUAUAGGACCUGCAAUACUCCUCCACCUCUCAACAUUCUCUCACCUUACAGGGACGAUGGCAAGGAGGCACUUAAAUUCUACACUGAUCCUUCCUAUUUCUUCGACCUUUGGAAAGAGAAAAUGCUUCAGGACACAAAGGAUAUUAUGAAAGAGAAGCGGAAACAUCGGAAAGAGAAAAAGGAGAAUCCAAACCGAGGGAAUGUGAAUCCGCGGAAAAUCAAAACCCGGAAAGAAGAGUGGGAGAAGCUGAAAAUGGGACAAGAAUUUGUUGAGUCAAAGGACAAACACGGUCCUGCUGGGUACCCCUCUAACAUGGUGUAUCAGAACGGCAGCAUUGGUUCAAACGAAAGCAUGGAUGUGAACUGCUACCCGCCACCGCCGCAGACUGACUCUAUUGUGCCACCACCUCCUUCAUUCCCAGAUGACAGCCUGCCUCCACCCCCGGUGGAAUUUAGGUAA